AUGUACAGAAUCCUGUCCACAUCAUGGAAUGGCGCAACGAGGAGGAAAGACGAGAGCCAUCCCACAGCAUUUCCUCCCGCCGUGGAAGCAAGCUUCGCACAGCAUUGCAUGAAACUAGCCGAUUUUGGUUUCCCAUUAAUCCCUUCGGACCUUAAAAUGUGUGUAACUCGUUACUUAGAUUGUAAGGGAGUUCGAGUGUCUCAAUUUACUAACAAUAUACCAGGUGAUGACUGGAUUCGCGGGUUCUUAAAAAGAAACAAAGAUUUAUCGGUGAAAGUCAGUGCAAAUAUUAAAAAGUCGUGCGAACAUCACAACUGA